GCAUCACUAACCUACUUAGUGGAUACAACUGGAUCAAUGGGGAGUUCCAUUCAGGAGCUACAAUUAGCUAACAGCUGGCUUCUGGAAAGUGUGUCCCUGCGACUGCCAUGUGGAGUACGGCAAUAUACAAUGGUGGAAUUUAAUGACCCAGGUGUGGGACCUGUUAGCACCACCUAUUCAAAAACAGAAUUUAAUUAUCUAUUUAAUAACCUAAGCAUUGAUGGUGGAGGUGACUGCCCAGAAAUGGCAAUUAGUGGACUAGAGCUGGCUCUAACAAAUUCACCAUACAAUUCAUUUGUAUUAGUGCUAACCGAUGCUUCUGCUAAGGAUUAUAAUCAUGCAAAUACCAUGAGAAAUAUUGCUCUUCUCUUGGAAAAGAAACAAGCACAGGUCAUCUUCGUGGUGACUGGACUUUGCUCAAGUAUAUUUAACCCUAACUUCAUGGUCUACAGAAAAGUAUCAUCAAUGAGCUUUGGUCAUGUUUUCCAAGUUGGCGUUUCAGACAUUGGUAAAGUAUUUUUCUACUUGGAGACCAUCCUUUCAACAGCUCUCAAUAGCUCAACCAGAUUGUUUUCUAGAGACGAUAAUGCUUAUGCUGGCAGUUUUUCAGACAAGGUUUUUAUUAAUCAGAAUUAUUCAUCUGUAUUAGUGACCACUGAUGGAUCUAUAUAUUUUCUUAACUUUUUAAAUCCUAAUGGAGUCUAUGAAACACCAAAAAUUCUAGUGUCGGAAGUUUGGGGUGCCAUAUAUGUUCUGAAAUAUCCAAUAAUUGGUAACUGGAGUAUAGAAGGAUAUGCGGGAGGUCCUUAUUCUAUACGAGUGCAGGGACUAACAGGUAAAAAAGUAAGUUCUUCUAGUAACUGCUCACUAUGUCACCACUAUGCAGUAUGUGAAGAACAUUUUGGCAUUCAGACAUGUGUCUGCCAAGAGGGAUAUAAUGGAGAUGGAUUUUCGUGCAUUGAUAUUGAUGAAUGUGCUUAUUCUUGGACAAAUAAUUGUACUUAUGUCUGCAUUAAUACUGUGGGUUCUUAUAGCUGUCUUUGUCCAAGUGGAUACAACAUGACCUCAGGAGGUGUUUGUGUAGAUAUUGAUGAGUGUUCAAGGCCUGAACUCAACAGUUGCCAUCCUGACGCCACAUGCACCAACUACAUAGGUAAUUAUACUUGUACAUGUGAUCCUGGAUAUUCUGGAGAUGGAUAUUACUGUAAACUGAAUUUAUGCGGCACUGGUGUGUGUGGAUUUGGGAUGGAAUGCAUCGAACACAGUGGAUCGGCUUAUUGUUAUGACCCAUGUCUUAAUUAUACAAGUGUUAAUGAGCCCUGGAGAAGCACUGAUAACACAGCUGCAUAUCCUAUACACUGUGACAGUGACAAAUAUGGGUGGCAUCGAUUUGAAGGAAUUGGAGGAAGUCAAAUGCCAGAAGUCUGUGUGCCUGAAAAUAGCUGCGGUACAGCUGCCCCAAUGUGGUUAAAUGAGGCCCACUCUAUGCUCAGAGAUGGUAUUGUACGUAAAACUACAUGUGCUGCCUGGAGCGGACAUUGCUGUUAUUGGUCAUCAGACAUUUAUAUUAAGGCUUGUUCUGGUGGAUACCAUGUCUACAAAUUAAAUGGAACUCCAGCCUGCAGCUUGUCAUAUUGUACAGCUCCAGCUACUGUUGAACCUCCCUCCUGCCUAUGUGCUGCAGAUGAGGAAUGCCGAUUGGUUGGUAAAAUCCAUAAAUGUGUCUGCAAAUAUGGACCCAGCAUUACUGAUUCUAAAGACUUACGGCCUACACUUACAUGUGGAAAGUCAGAGAUUAGAGUGACAUUUCGAGCAUGUGAGCUCAGGACAUUUGACCUGGACGCUGAGAACAUCCACCUCAUCGACAGGCAUUGUGUCGGAUACCUGGAAAGCAAUGGCAGCCUUGUGUCUGUAGCAUCCCCUCUACAAUCAGGAAUGUGUGGAAAUACUUUAACUAAAAAUGCCACACAUGCCAAAUAUAGCAACACCAUUUAUUUACCACCGGACCCCGAUCAGAUUAUUGUGAGGGAAGAGGUCUACGUUCACUAUUCCUGCGUGUACCCCCUGGAUAUGAUACUUUCUCUUCAGGCAGCUUUGAAGCCCAUUAUAAGCUGUGUGAAUAUCAGCAUAGAAGGCACAGGACAAUUUAAAGUCGUUAUGGCCCUUUAUCAAGAUUCUGGCUACACUAUACCGUAUGAAGGGUCCGAAGUGACUCUGUCAACAAAAUCAAUAUUGUAUGUUGGCGUAUUUCUAGUCGAGGGAGACACUUCUCAAUUUUAUAUGGUGAUGAAAAACUGCUUCGCUACUCCUACCAAAAAUUAUGAUGAUCCGGUAAAAUAUUACAUUAUCAAAGACAGCUGCCCUAAUAAUCAGGAUUCCACAAUAAAGGUUUAUGCAAAUGGAAUCUCAAGUAGAGGACAGUUUUCUGUCCAGAUGUUUAAAUUUGUCGGGGAUUACAGCCGCGUCUUCCUGCACUGUCAAAUUAAACUGUGUGAUAAUUCAUCAUAUUCAUGUCAACCUCCUUGCACUGGAGUCAGAUCUCUCCGUGAUCAACCCAGUUCUGCGGAAGGUAUUAUGACGGUGGGACCAUUUUUCAAACAAGCAUCUCUAUAUCAUCUCUAUAUUUUCUCUAAAUCUCUAUAUCAUCUCUACAUCAUAUCUAUAUCAUCUCUAUAUCAUCUCUAUAUCUUUAUAUCAUCUCUAUAUCUCUAUAUUAUCUCUAUAUCUUUAUAUCAUCUCUAUUUCAUCUCUAUAUCUUAG